UUUUGAUACAACCGUGGCUUAUAAAAUUUAGAAGCUGUUAAUCAUUUAAUAAUCAUGUAUUUAGGUAUGAUUGAAAUAAACCUUGUUUUUAAACAUUUUUUAGGUUCCAAAGAAAGAAGAUAAAAAAAAAGAAAAAGCAAAGAAACACACAAAUAAAAAAAUAGAUUCAAAAAAAGUUAAUGAGCUUGCCAAAUCGUCUGUUAAUAUUAUGGAUGCAAAAAUAGGUUCCGGUGAACUUAAUACCAAAACAACAUUUUCAGAACAAUUUAAUCUUUCUGAUCAUUCCAACAAUUUAUCUGGACUGAUUGAACCUGAAACGAAUCAAGUAAUAAUGUCCACCAAUGAAUCUGAUAUUCAAGAAAAAAUGUCUCUCAAUGGCUCCAAUCAAGUUGUCAACAUACAAAUGGUCAACACCAGUUACGGUGACGAUUUCCCGGAAAAAUCUCAAAUUAUUCCAGAAUCUUAUGAUAACAUCAAAAUUAUCGCCACGAAAGAUAUGACUGGUGCUGAUUAUGUCAAUGACAAUCUUUUACAAUUAAUUGAUUCUACGGGCCAGAACUAUUUACAUAUUGAAGAAAAUCCAGUAAUUGCGAUAUCAAAUAAUAAUGUAUAUGAUCCUGCGCGCACGAGUGAUAUUAAAAAUGAAGAUGCAAGUACUAAAAAUAAAAAAAAUAAGAAAAAGGUAACAAUGGAAAGUGAUAACGCAAUACUAAAAAAAAAGAAUCCAAGCAAAAAAAGGAAAAGUAAAAAUGAAGAUGCAGGAAGUAAGAAAACAAAAUUGAACGCUACAGAAUCUACAAAAUUGAACGCUACAGAAUCUACCAUAAAAGAACUCAAAUGUCUCAUAUCUGAGCAAGCAGCUGAAAUAGAAAAAUUGCUCGAUUUAAAUAAGGGUUUACAAGAAAAGGUGCUCGAUAAAAUGGAUGAAUACGCUUCCCGUCAAAUAAAUCCGUAUUCCUGCAGGAUAAGAGGAGAUAUACCUGUUGGAUACAUUCGAACAGACACAAAUCAGAUAUAUUGCGGUAAUGAUGUCUGGAUGAAUUUAACACACUACUAUCAGGCAAAAAACAAUGCGGCAAGUGGGAAACCGAAUACUGAAUACAACCGUUUUGUUAAAACAGUCGCUGAAUUUAUUUUUGGUAAAGAUGAGUUGGCUAGAUGCAGUGUGAAGGGUCAACGAUGUAACGCAAUAAAAGGUUCUAUAGCCAAACCAGCUCUUGAUUCAAGAAACCUGAGCGCUGUUCAUGAUAUAUUUGCACAUUAUUUGGAAGACGUCAGAAAAAAGAAUACUGUCGAGAUAUACCAUGAGCUGCAACGUGUGGGCGAAUACAUAAAUUCCAAAAUGAGUGAUCUGCAACCAAAGAAAAAAAGAGCUACAGCCAAAAAAAAAUCUGCUGCACCUCCGAAUUCCAAGAACGCAAAGAAACCGGACAAAAAUGUUAACAAUGAUAAAGAUCCAGAAAAUUCGAUCGAAUCAGAAACUGCUAACAGUGAAAGUAGUGAAAGUAGCGAUGAUGGAAGCGAUGAUGAAAUCAACGAGGAAAGCGAUAAGGAAACCGAUAGGGAAAGCGAUAAGGAAAGUGAUAAGGAGGAUGCAGAAUCAACAGAUAGAGAUAGUAGCGCCGAUGAUGAUUCAAAUAGCAAUAAUUCAGAGCAUGAAUGAUGAUGAUGAUAAAAUGAUGAAAAUGUAAGAAAAAGAUAAUCUACCUCGCAAUGCAUAUAUAUGCAAUUUUUGUAUACAAAAAAGCGCAUUUAAUUAUCUGCAUAUCAGUAAGAAAUAACAUUUUUUUUUAUAAUUUCAUUAAAAAUUGAUUUUAAAAAAAUCAUGCACAAAGAAGUUAUGUUCUGUUCCAGUUCCUCAUUUUUUAUAGAUUAGAGAAAAAAAAUAAUUAUUUUCCUAUGAUAACACUAAAUUUAGUGUCGAUAAGUAGAUUACAAAUGUUAUUUCAAUCCGAGUUCAACUUUAUUAUGGAUUCGAAAAAAAAUUGAUCAUCAAAAAAAAGGUGUAUUCCUCGUAGUUGCUAUUUAGAUUUAGUAGUUUAAGAAUUUCUGUUCAAAAUUAGUCAACAAUUUCAGUAUAUGUCGUUACAGAAAAAACAAAUAUAAU